AGGAAUGCGACGAGAAUAGCAUAGCAUAGUCACGCACAAAAUUUUCGGCUAUCGCAACCCUUUUCGUUCGUGUUUGAACUUUGUGUAUUUUUUGCAGGACAUGCUGACGAGAAUUGUUGCGAAAAGUGUAGUGGAAGUGUUGCGAAUUUUAUACGAAUAUCUUCGCAUGGACAUCUUAAGACCUUGGCGAUCCGUAGCAACAGAUCGACUUCAUCCAUAAUCAAAGCAAAUAUGUAGUGUCUGUCCUGUCAACAAACUUAAAAAAAAGUGGUGUGCCCGUGGGCAAGCAAAGGAGUAGAGUAGAGUAGAGUUAGAGUAUCGUGAAGCUGCCGGUGACAAGAUUUUUUCAUCACUAUAUGAUGGCAGACUCUAAAAUAAAGCCCGAUAGCGCAUGGUCCUGGGUUGUCUGCAUGGCUGCUUCUGUGACUUUAACUAUCAUUAAUGGAAGUUUUUCUAGUUUUGGUUUAUUGAUGCCUUAUUUGAUGACACACUUUGGCCAAAAUAAUGUGACAACAGCAUGGACAGGCUCACUAUAUAUAAGUCUUUCCUACAUAUUUGCGCCAGUGGUAACGCACUUCACUGGCCGGCUCGGCUUCCGACUCACUGCCUUGAGUGGAGCCCUUCUGUUGUCAACAAGCUUCUUUGCGUGCUCGUUUAUCAAAGAUUUUUGGCUGUUCUUCGUCUUCUUUUCGAUAACUUCGGGACUGGGAAGCGCCAUGUCUCACUAUUCGGCAACUUUAGUCGUUCUGCGGCAUUUUGUAAGGUGGCGAUUUGUGGUGGUCGGUAUAUUAGCCUCGACUUUAAGUGUAGGCAUGUUCGUCAUAACGCAGAUCACGGAAGCACUUCUUUCCAAAUAUGGACUUCAAAACGCAUUGAGAGGAUGGGCUUUUUUGUUCCUUUCUACGGUCCCUCUGGCCUGCACUUACAUCUCGCGUUCUAAUGAUACAGAAGAAAUUGCGAGGCAAGACGAAGAGAACCUCAAACAACCUUCACAUGAUACACGUCGUCCGUCCCUUCUACGGAAUUUUUGCUUUAUGAUUUACCUUACAUCUAUCAGCCUUGUAUUCUUUUCUGCUUUCAUUCCUGGGAUUUAUAUGGUGAAAUUUUGCGAAAGUGAACUGAAUAUUUCAAUGGAGCGAGCGAGCCUCCUUUACACCUAUAUGGCAAGUGCCUCGUUCUUCAGCAACCACUUCUUUUGUAAUCUUAGCAAGUUUGAAUUUAAGUUUUUCGACAUCUUUGAACUCUACCAGUUAACAACGACAUGUUUUGGUAUUUGCUUGCUUCUGUUACCCUUAGCAAGGUCGUACAGCGCUAUGGUAGCGUUUUCAAUGCUAUUUGGUUUUAUGGAUGGUGGCCGUUACGGCUUAAUGCCGCUUUUGGUACUGGAAUGUGUUGGUCUAAAAAGAACAGAGGAAGCCUGGGGCUAUAUUGCCUUUAGCGUCGGAUUUACAUCGUGUAUUGGACCAGUCAUUAUUGGCUUCAUCGCGGACUCAGUGGGAAGGUAUGGCCCAGCAUUUCUGACAGCUGGAGGGAUCUUCGUGCUUGGCUCAACUCUCAUGUUUCUUAGAGAGUUAAUAGGAGGGAAAGACUCGAGUGAGGAGAAUCUUGAAUCUGGUAACGAAUCUUUUGAAUUCCUUGUUUACGAAAGGGAGACGGUGCUCUGAAUGCAGUAGUUCCAGGCAAGAAGUAGGUUGUGAUUCUUAAGAGCCCGGACUCCUUGGAGUUCUGGAAAAUUUUGGCGAUCAAAAACUGCCGAAUAAAGGUAUCCGCGGGCUUUCGUUGCAAUUUCACCCCAUGGAAAAGAUGGCAUUUGCACAAGAAGUCUGAGGACAAAUAUUUGACUAUAUUUUCAAUAUUCACUUGCUGAAAUUAAACCAGAAUAACAGUAAUAAUUAACAAUUAUUCACCGAAGUGGAGGUGUAUAAUCGUUUUGGUAUGUACCACACAGAUAGUUUAUUUCUUUCAAUGCAAAAUGGUCGGAAAUCAAACUCUAUUGUUCUUCUUUCGAUAACUACUUUAAUCAGCUUCACAGCUACUAAGUCAAACUUCUAUUCGAAUUUUCAAGGGCGUAGCUAGGUGGGAGGGGGGGGGGUGUCUUGCGGUGCCCGUGAUACCCUUUGUAAGCCUUUUUUAUGCAAAAAAAUACAAUAUUCAGGUGGCGCAAACUUGUGAGGACCCUCUGUCUGACACAGUGUGACCCCCCUUUAAAAAAUCCUGGCUACGCCCUUUGAUUUUUGUUCUUAUUGAACAAUUUUUCAACAACUUGAAUUACCAAAAAUUGAUAAUUUUUCCAUCUGUUAAACGGUUGUGAUAAAUCUCUUGGGAAAAAUAAUUUUGGUCCGUUUGUAGAAUUAACAGAGAUUUUAAUUCAACGCAUAGCUAACUUUUGUUUCUUAAAAAAAAUUACUGUAUUACGAUGCUUUAAGUUACGUGAUACACUUACAUUUACUGAAAUCACUUAUACAGAAUUAUACAAAUUGUUUAUCUUA